CCAAUCGUUGUAUAUAAUUGUGCCCUAAACGAUCGCAUCAGAACCCGAUAGAAAAAAAAUCAACGCCGCUCUCGAAAACCUAACAUCUUCUGAGAUGGACGGAGACGGAUCCCCCCUAUCGUUGCCGAGACGCCGGGUUCCAGAAGCAUCACAUGCUCACCGCACGGAGAAUUUCGUCCAACACACGAAGAUUUGGAUGGAUAUCUGUGCGAGCAGGACUACGAUCAGGGUUGAGGGAUUCAACACUUCCUCUGAUCGUCUUGUGCUCUACAGGGCCUUGAAAGACCUCUUCGAACCGUGUGGAGAAGUGGAGCACAUUGAGAUCAGGGUAGAUCCGGAGUCAAAACUCAUCAGGUCUUGCCUUGUUAAUCUUCUCGGACAAGGUGCCAAAGAGAAAGCUUUACUUCUCAACGGUAGCAAAGUUGGAGAAAGGACGCUGACUCUCUCAGCAGUUGAGCCCACUGAUGGGUUGACUACAUCAGUUCGAGCUGCUACGUGGCCAACUUCCAAAAGAACAGAAGAUCUCAAGAGUGCUUUAUUUAAGCACUUCGCUGCGUGUGGUGAAAUCACGGACAUCUUCGUCCGAGACAGCUAUACCCUUGUCCACCUGUAUGGGCUAGGCUCUCUGCAGCGAGCUGCCAAAUUGCAUCAAACCGACGUCGGAGGAGGCUUCACGCUGUCCGUCGAAACCUUGCCCUUUCAAGCUGGCCGUGGUUUCUCAGGCACCUCUGAUGAUUAGAAGAAACCCUUGUGGAGAAGAGUGUUUUCUUGUGUUCUCAAGUCUAUAAAUAAGCCUGUGAUAUGCAUCGUUUUAUUAUUUCAGUUUCUUUAAAAUUUGCUAAGCUUAAAACACUUUCACCUCUGCUGUUGGUUCUUUGUGAUUAUAACCCUUUUAGUCAUUUUAUUUGUUUUGCUUUGGGUUCAACGCCUCUUUUCUCA